ACAGAGGGAAAAACCACAUAAAAAACAGCAAUCAGAGAAGCUGAAAUUAGAAAGAAAAGCGCAGCUGCUACGGUCUACGAGACGACGAAGAGAGAAGAAAAUGGCGUCUUACGUAAACGUAUUGUUGUACGGGGUGGGAGGGAUAGUGGUAGCCGGGAUGGCGUUGCUGGUGGCGUUUCAAGAGAAACUCGUCUACGUUCCGGUUUUGCCUGGUCUAACCAAGUCUUACCCGAUAACGCCGGCCCGACUCCGACUCACCUACGAGGACGUUUGGCUCCGGUCCUCCGAUGGAAUCAAACUCCAUUCUUGGUUCAUCAAGCUCUUUCCUGACUGCAGAGGUCCAACCAUCCUGUUUUUUCAAGAGAACGCUGGAAAUAUUGCUCACCGUCUAGAAAUGGUUCGCAUAAUGCUACAGAGGUUACAAUGCAAUGUCUUCAUGCUUUCAUAUCGAGGUUAUGGAGCAAGUGAUGGUUAUCCUUCUCAGCAUGGAAUUAUUAAAGAUGCUCAGGCUGCACUGGAUCAUCUCUCCCAGCGGACUGAUAUCGACACAGAUAGAAUAGUAGUCUUUGGAAGAUCGCUUGGGGGUGCUGUUGGAGCUGUAGUCACCAAAAACAAUCCUGAUAAGGUUGCUGCGUUGAUACUAGAAAAUACUUUCACAUCGAUUCUGGACAUGGCUGGAGUUUUAUUGCCUUUCAUGAAGUGGUUUAUUGGAGGUUCUGGUACCAAAGGUCCCAAAAUUCUUAAUUUUCUUGUCCGCUCUCCAUGGAGUACCAUCGACGUCAUUGGGCAGGUCAAGCAGCCUAUCCUUUUUCUUUCUGGAUUGCAAGACGAGAUGGUUCCGCCAUCCCAUAUGCAGAUGCUAUAUGCUAAAGCAGCAGCUCAUAACAAACAAUGCCUCUUUGUAGAAUUCCCUACUGGCAUGCACAUGGACACUUGGUUAGCUGGUGGUGACCACUACUGGCGAACAAUUCAGCAAUUUUUCGAAAAACAUGUGUCAAAAAACGGACAUGAUUCCCUGAGGAGUUGACUGGCAGGCAUGUAAUCUUUUGAGAUUUUAUUAUUUGGCUCACACCCUGGAACUCAAACUUUGUCCUUUUCUUUUGAAGUUGCAGCUGGUAGAAGCGCUCUAUAAACAUACACCCCGCUGUUAUCGUUGAUCGUUGUCUCCUCGAUUUUUUUUUAUUUUACUGGCAUACAAAACAUAAGCUCUGAUUAAAAGCGACGAAGAGAAAGAACACGAAUUCCCUCUUAGUAUCCGGUACGACUGACUUUGACGACCAUGUGAAAUGCCAUACUAAUUCUGCUGGUUCCAUUUGUAUGAAAUAAGAGAACUAUUUAAAAAAAAACACUGCAGAUGUGUGGGUGGUGCUGGUAUGUUUGAACUAUUUGCUUCUCUGUUUUUGUAUGGGAUGAUGGCCUUAGGUGUUUCAUCAUUUGUUUUGACAAUUUAGGUUGUUUUCUGUAACCCUUUUUUUAAUGGUAGUUUUGAACUGUUGAUUUAUAUGGAAACUGUUGU